AUGUCUUCUGCCGGUACAGAUGCGACCACCUCAGAGCCAACGUCUCUUUACGGCUAUACUCCCUCCCGGGUGGCGACUAUCAUCCUUUUGGUACUCUUCGUUAUUACAUUCGUCCUCCAUGGAAUGGCGUAUCUUAAAUACCGAUUGAAAUUCCUUCUAAUGACCCUUGUCUUCUGCCCCAAUCUCGAAAUUCUUGGCUGGGGUGGCCGCCUUUGGUCAACAUUUAAACCUAACGUCGAGUUCCCUCAUAAAGUACAAUUUGCCACCCUUGCUAUGGGUGCAACGCCACUACUCGCAGCUAACUUCUUCAUCUUCCAACUUGUGAUCGCCCAUCUUGGUCAAUCAUAUUCACGACUUAGUCCAAAAGCUUAUACUAUCGUGUUCGGUGGACUCAGUCUACUCGGUUUCCUCCUCCUAUUGGGCGGUACCGGCAUGGCGUCCGCAAAGAAAGAAGGAGACAUCGUCGAUCUUGGUCGGAAUGUCACCAUGGGCGGUAUGAUCUACCACAUCGUGAUCAGCGUGCUCUUCGGGCUGUACGCCCUUGAGUACCUUGUUCGCUUCCGCAGGCGCCAGCCGGUCGGCCGCUUCGUUCCCGUCCAAAACUCGUCUCAGGACGCACUGGACGGGCGCAUGUCGAAGAGCGUGAAGAUCGUCCUCAACGCGAUUGUUGCGGAUGUCAUGAUCUUGAUCGUCCGCUUCGGAUACAGAACCAUAGAACUUGCACAGGGCGCUGAUGGCUCACUCGCGAAGAAAGAGAUAUGGCUCAUCCUCCUCGACGCGGCGCAAGUCUUGAUCGCAUUAACCAUCUGGAAUGUCGUACACCCUUGCAGAAUGCUCGGCAUCGAGAGGGAAGAGGCGAAGGAUGUCGAAAUGUCUGCGAGCUUGUGA